UUUCCUUUUCUUUUUGUUCCCAGUUUGAUCUUCCUUUCCAUAACUCUGCGUUUGAUCGAACCUUUUCUUCAGCAGUAAACUAGAUAUUGUCAAGGGAAGAAAAUAAUUCAAAUUGAGAAUCACAUCAAUCGUAUACUUUCAAGGAGGAAAAAAGUGUAGUUUUUGAACCAUGAAUCCUUAUUAUCCGGUGGAGGAGUACCCUAGCUCGAGUUAUUCAGGGUCCGAAGAAGAUGCAAAGAUGAUGAUGGGGCUGCCGCAGCCGAUGGAGGGUCUCCACGAUGCAGGGCCGCCGCCAUUCCUUAUCAAGACCUUUGACAUGGUGGAUGAUCCUAGUACUAACUACAUACUUUCUUGGAGCAGAGGAGGCGGCAGCUUUAUUGUAUGGGAUCCUCACUCUUUCUCCGCUAAUUUGCUCCCUAGAUAUUUCAAGCACAAUAAUUUCUCUAGUUUUGUUAGACAGCUCAAUACUUAUGGUUUUAAAAAGAUAGAUCCAGACAAAUGGGAGUUUGCGAAUGAAGGGUUUCUUAAGGGACAAAAGGAUCUUUUAAAGAGCAUUAGGAGAAGAAAGACCCCAUCUCAAGAAGCUCUUGGUCCUUGUGUUGAAGUUGGCAGGUUCGAACUUGAAGGAGAAGUUGAUCGUUUGAGGUGCGACAAGCAGGUUCUAAUGAUGGAAUUGGUGAAGCUAAGACAGCAGCAAGUGGACACUCGGGCUUAUCCUCAGACCACGGAAGAAAGGCUGCAAAUCACAGAAAACAAACAACAGCAAAUGAUGUCUUUCUUGGCUAGAGCGAUGCAGAAUCCGGGUUUUGUCCAGGAGCUAAUGCAACAAGAGGAGAAAAGAAUGGAGCUUGAAGAAGUCAUAUCUAGGAAAAGGAGGAGGUCGAUUGAUCGACGAUCCUGUGGUGUGGAUGUAGGUGAGUCGAGCGGAGUUUGUUCUUGUGGUGGAACGAAUCCUGUUAAAACUGAACCUUUAGUAUUUGGUGAUCAUGGAUAUCAAGUGACAGAACUUGAAGCGCUUGCAUUGAAAAUGCAAAGCUAUGGUAGAGCAAGAAGAGAGCAACAGGAAGCUCGAGAUAAGGUCGAACAUCGAGAGAAUCGUGACAACGAACUUGAUGAACGAUUUUGGGAAGAAUUAUUGAAUGAGAGAUUUGAAGGAGAGUUCGAUAUACCAGGAACCGAAGUAGCAAAAGAUGAAGAUGUGAAUGUGUUCGCUGACCAGGAACCAAAGUACAGAAAAUAAACAUCUAGAUUACAUAGCAUAGCUACUACGAAUCAAUUUGGCAUUCCCUCGGUGACAAAUUCUCUUUGAUGGGAGGUCUUAGCACAUUUUCAUUAGUUUAUCUCUGAUAUUUCUACAAAUGGGUUAGCAAAGAAAAGAUUGGCCAUAAUC